AUGUACGAGCAAGACAAGAAUGUCAUUCGAAUUAUAACAGGUAUCCUACGCGGUAACCCAUACUCUCAACAGUUCAGGAGUUUGGGACAAGCCGAAAACAUUGAGGACUACAGACUCAUGUUGAACCUUGACCAGAGAUUGGACCAAAGAACAUACAACGAGCCAAUCAAUUCAGAGGUAGCUGCAGUGUGGAUUGAAGGAAAUGAAAGAAGGGAUACUUAUGACAGAAAUGUAAUAUUACAUGGGAACAACAACGAAAAAGAGCACAUUCAAUCAUAUUAUGGGUGCUAUGAUCCAUUGUCAUAUCCUCUAUUCUUUCCAAGAGCUGAACUCGGUUGGCAUAGGAAAAUACCAAAGAGGGAAACAAAAGAGGCACAUAUUGCUGCUGAUAAUAUCACUAAUGACGAUGACCCAUGUAAAAAAACAUAUGCUAUUAUAUAUUUAAAAUACAAUUUUAAUAUACUAAUACCUAUGCAACUAACUUUUUAUCUUCCAAUAUUUGCACAGAUUCAGCCAGUGGCCUGUGGGUAA